GUCAGGCGCAGUGCGUUGUGGGAAGGUUGAAAGAUGGCGGCGCCCGUGAGACGGACUAUGUUAAGAGUGGUGAGGGGCUGGCGACGGUUUGAGGGUCCUUGGGCCCAUAGUCUGGGUUCUCGCAACCUGGCCCUUGCGGUCGCACCUUCGAGCAGUAGCUCUCCAUGGCGCCUGUUGGGCGCGUUGUGCCUGCAGAGGCCACCGCUGGUCACAAAGCCGCUGACCCCAUUGCAGGAAGAGAUGGCGGAUCUGCUACAGCAGAUUGAGAUAGAGAGAAGCCUGUAUUCAGACCAUGAGCUUCGUGCUUUGGAUGAAGCCCAACAACUGGCAAAGAAGAAAAGUGACCUUUAUGAAGAGGAAGAUGAGCAGAAUAUAUUGCUGGCACAGGAUUUGGAAGACAUGUGGGAGCAGAAAUUCCUACACUUCAAACUUGGAGCUCGACUAACAGAAGCGGAUAAAAAGGAUGACCGAACCUCACUACACCGGAAGCUUGAUAGGAACCUUAUUCUGUUGGUCAGAGAGAAGCUUGGAGACCAGGAUAUUUGGAUGCUGCCCCAGUCAGAUUGGCAGCCAGGGGAGACCCUCCGCCAAACAGCUGAGCGAACCCUGGCCACACUUUCAGAAAACAACAUGGAAGCCAAGUUCCUGGGAAAUGCACCCUGUGGCCACUACAAGUUCAAGUUCCCCCAGGCAAUGCGGACAGAAACCAGUCUCGGGGCCAAAGUAUUCUUCUUCAAAGCUCUACUGUUAACUGGAGACUUUUCCCAGGCCGGGAAGAAGGGCCAUCAUGUGUGGGUCAGUAAGGAGGAGCUGGGUGACUAUUUGAAACCAAAAUACCUGGCCCAGGUUAGGAGGUUUCUUUUGGACCUCUGAUAGAUUGAGCUGCCUGUGGACAACGCUCGGGCAGGUCUGUGACUGGACUUCAAGGACGUCAUGGGGUUAUCUCAUCUUUGUAGGGAAUAUCAAGCAGCAAACUAUAUUCUGAGAAAUAAACACGUUUGUCAUCGUGU